GUAGACCAGGGAGGCAACACUCAAAUAUCAGACUGAGAAGCAGCACCACUCAAGAGGAUCAGAGGAGUACGGAGCAGCCGGGCCCAGUGACUUUGGACUAAGUUUGGGGACUUUUGCUGAUUCCACCCAGGAACAAAAAGACCCAAGAUGUUUAAAAGAACAAAAGUGACGGAUGGGACGGCCACUGGCCAAGUGGGAUUCAGGAAAAAAUCUAAGGUCCCUGGGGUGAUGAUUACUCAGUAUAUUGAGAAGCUGCCAGAGGGAAAGAGCCAUCCAGACUUCACCCGCAAGCCAAUUGCUUUGACCAUCCAAGAAGGCAAAUUUGCUUUUUUUAAAGCCAUUGUCACUGGAGACCCAAAGCCAACUGUAGUAUGGAGCAGAAAUAAUGGAGAUGUGUCUGAUCCAGCAAGAUAUCAGUCCAAAUACGAUCCCAACUCCAAUGAGCAUACAUUUGAGAUGCCACAUGUUAAGCCAGACCAAGCAGAUACCUAUAAAUGUUUUGCCAAAAAUGAAUAUGGACAAGCCAUGGUCACAGUUGUUCUGAAUGUUAUUGAAGUUGGUUUCAAAAUGACAAAAGCCCCACAACAACAAGCAGAAGUCGCCAAUUGCAAUUUUAAGAAAGUACUAAAAAGGAGAAGUAAAGUAGUUCCCAAAGCUGAGGAACCAGAGAAAAAAGAAGGAGAAAUUGAUCCUAAAUUUUGGGAGCUCUUAAUGAGUGCUGACAAAAAAGACUAUGAGAGAAUCUGUGCAGAGUUUGGAGUGACUGACUUUCGCUGGAUGCUCAAGAAACUAAAUGAAAUGAAGAGGGAAAGAGAGGAGGAACAAGCUGAGUUCGUCAAAAACCUGUCAGACCUGAAACCUAUCCACAUCAAUGCAGAUGGAACUGCAUCCUUUGAGCUUGAAUUUGAUCUUCUUGAUCCAAGCAGCUCGAUAUACCUGUACAAGGACGGUGAAAUGAUCCCAUACACAAAGGAGUUGGGAGACAAGAUGAAGCACUGCCUUAGAAAAGUCGGAAGAAAGUAUAUUUUCAGCAUGAGGGAUCUUAUGCCAGAAGAUGCUGGUUUCUACCAGCUGGAUGUAGAAGAUGUGAAUAUGUUUUCCACUGAUUUUAAAAUGGUGGAUUUCUUGGUGAAAAUUCAGGAAGUCAAGGCAAUGGAGAGAGAAGACGCCGUUUUUGAGUGUGUCAUAUCAGCCCCCUUGUCCAAGCUUAUGUGGUUUGGCAAGAAUAUGCCACUGGAACAAGGGGAUAAAUAUGACAUUGAAGUUUCAGAAGACAAGCUCAUUCACAGGCUCGUUGUCAAAGACUGCAUGGUAGUAGACAAAGGAAUUUAUGCUGCCUGUGCAGGAAUAAAAUCAUGCAAUGCAUGGCUUGUUGUUGAAGCUGAUAAAGGUGCACCUAAGGGCAAGAAAUCAGCAAGGAAAACAACAAGGGCAGGAGGAUCUGGGACAGAUCUGCAGAAGGUUGCCCAAGAGCAACAACAAAAACUGGAUAAGGAGAGAGAGGAAAGGAAAGAAAAAAUUAAAGCUGCUAGAGAAGCUGCGGCAGAAGCAGCUGCGGCAGAGGAACCUGAAAAAACAGCAGAUUCCGGAGCGGGAAAGGAUAAAGGUGCAGCAGUGGAGGUGGAACGCAUUGACAAAACAUCUGUAGCAGCAACAACAACAGUAGCUGGGGACUCAGGAAGUGGCCACUCAGCUGGGAAAGCCAGUGGCGGUGCAAAGCAAGAUGGAUCACAUGCAGAUGCAGGAGGUGGCCACUCAGCUGGGAAAGCAAGUGGCGGUGCACGGAAAGAUGGAUCAAUUGCAGAUGCAGGAGGUGGCCACUCAGCUGGGAAAGCCAGUGGCGGUGCAAAGCAAGAUGGAUCACAUGCAGAUGCAGGAGGUGGCCACUCAGCUGGGAAAGCCAGUGGCGGUGCAAAGCAAGAUGGAUCACCUGCAGAUGCAGGAGGUGGCCACUCAGCUGGGAAAGCCAGUGGCGGUGCAAAGCAAGAUGGAUCACAUGCAGAUGCAGGAGGUGGCCACUCAGCUGGGAAAGCCAGUGGCGGUGCAAAGCAAGAUGGAUCACAUGCAGAUGCAGGAGGUGGCCACUCAGCUGGGAAAGCCAGUGGCGGUGCAAAGCAAGAUGGAUCACAUGCAGAUGCAGGAGGUGGCCACUCAGCUGGGAAAGCCAGUGGCGGUGCAAAGCAAGAUGGAUCACAUGCAGAUGCAGGAGGUGGCCACUCAGCUGGGAAAGCCAGUGGCGGUGCAAAGCAAGAUGGAUCACAUGCAGAUGCAGGAGGUGGCCACUCAGCUGGGAAAGCCAGUGGCGGUGCAAAGCAAGAUGGAUCACCUGCAGAUGCAGGAGGUGGCCACUCAGCUGAGGAAGCCAGUGGCGGCUCAAGGCAAGAUGGAUCACUUGCAGAUGCAGGAGGUGGCCACUCAGCUGGGAAAGCCAGUGGCGGUGCAAAGCAAGAUGGAUCACUUGCAGACGCAGGAGGUGAGCCUGGAAUUACCUCUGGACUCUCUGAUAUCCUUGCUACUCGUGGACAGCCAGCAGAAUUAACUGUGAAGAUGAACACUGACUGCGACGGCGCCUGGUUCAAAGAUGGAGAGCCAUUAAAAUCCGGUGGUGGGAUCAGCAUAACCAAAGAUGCAAACAUUCACAAGCUGACAAUUCACAGCUGCAGAGAUACAGACUCUGGACUCCUUCGUUUUGUAUCAGGGGAUCUCAGUACGGAAGGAAGGAUCACAGUCGGAGAUGUGCCUGAAUUUGACGAAGACGACCUUCACAAGUUCUCCAAACCUGUGAUAGUAAGAGUGGGCCAGAACGCUGCUUUCAAGAUGCCUUUUCAACCUCAGGAGUCUUUGACGGUCAGCUGGUUUAAGGAUGGCACUGAGCUGAAAGACGGAGGAGGAGUUAAGAUUGUGAGGGAGCCCAAUCACAGUCGGCUGCUUCUCAGAGACUGCCUGCGGUCAGACACGGGGGAAAUAAAAAUCCAACUUAAAAACCCAUUUGGAGCUGUGGAGGCCACAUCUCAGCUUAUUGUGCUUGAUCGUCCAGGUCCACCGGAGGGUCCAGUGGAGACUGUCGAGACCACUUCAUCUGUAAUUGAAAUUAAAUGGAACCCUCCAAAAGACGAUGGUGGCUCUGCUGUCACCAACUACAUUAUAGAACGGCAGGAAAGAGGGCAUAGUCUGUGGACAAAACUCGGGGAUGUCUCAGCAGAGAAGACCUCCUUUAGAGACAGGAAUGUGACUCAUGGAAAGAAAUACAGCUACCGCAUCUAUGCAGAAAACCCUCAGGGCCUCAGUGACUCCCUGGAGACAGCUGAUAGCAUUAUGGCUGGCAUAAUGAUACUUUCUGGUCCACCUGGAAAACCCAAAGUGGUAAGUACCUCUAAGACCUGUAUCAACUUGACGUGGACCCCUCCGGAGGAUGACAAAGGAGUACCAAUCAUUGGUUACCAAGUGGAGAAACGAAAGAAGGACACAAAUCAGUGGCUUGCCCUGAAUGCAAUUAAUGAACCUAUUGAAGAUGUGAACUAUGCAGUUAAAGAUGUCACUGAGGGAGCAGAGUAUGAAUUCAGAGUUUCAGCGAUCAAUGAAUCAGGAGCAGGAGAUGCGAGCCCUCCCUCCGCAAUGGCGUGUGCAAAGAAUCCCAACAUGAGACCUUGUUUUAAGGACCCAGAGGACUUCCUUGUUGUCAGGGCAGGAAAUUCUGUGCGUGUCAAGAUUUCUUAUGAGGCUGAACCUCCACCUCACAUCACCUGGCUGAAGGAUGAUGAGCCAAUAGCCCCGUGGAUUAAUGUCAUCAAUACAGAGGGAAUGUCUCAGCUUGUUAUUCCUUCAUCAAAGCGCUCAGAUUCAGCCAUCUACACUAUUAAAGCCAAAAACUCUGUGGGUGAGGCUUUCUUUGACGUUGAGGUUAGAGUCACAGAUGAACCCAAGUGCCCAGGGCCAGUGGAGCUGGAGCAAACAGUCUAUGGCAAAGUGGCAGUAUCAUGGGUUCCCUCUCCAGACCAAGAGCUUGACGAUCGACUGUACUACGUGGUGUCUCAACAUGACUCUAACACCAGAAUGUGGAAGACUGUAGCAGACCGCCUCUUUGCUAACACCUACACAGCCCACAACAUUCUCCCUGGGAUAGAAUACCAUUUCCGGGUCUAUGCCAAGAAUGAUAUGGGCCUCUCAGAUCCAUCUCAGUCACCUACAUGGGGUGCCAACAGCAACAGAGUUCCAAUAUCAUCAAAUGGAGUUAGUUCAAUGGAGAUAAGCUUUGAGAGGCCCCCAUCCAUCUUGGUCCCUCUGAAGGUCCACACACCACCUAAAGGUUACCAACUCUACAUGACAUGUGCUGUCAGAGGAUGUCCUACACCCAAUGUGUCCUGGUACCUCAACAACACCUGCAUCAACUCAGACAAAAACUAUUACAUCACCAACUCAUGUGGUGUGUGCUCCAUGUAUAUUCUCAGAGUCCGAGAAAAUGACGGCGGUGAAUAUAGGGUUGUUGCAGUCAACUCUUUGGGCAAGGCAGAGUGUUCUACUAAACUUACUGUGAGAGAUUGAAGUGGCAUUAAGGCAUUAUGAUGUGCUUCCUCUUACUGAAAUGUUUUGGAAAACACAGUGAAAGUGAAUGUGAAAUGUUUUGGUGUACUGCAUAGAUUGUAUUGAAAGUGUGUGAUACUAUUCUCUGAACUCCUAGAAAAACUAUCUAAAAUAGUCUAAAUGCUAACUUAUUUAAUUUAUUUGAAAUGUUACUGAUUUGCAAUUGUCAUCGGGAUAUAUCAUCAUCAUAUACAGCAGGAGUGAAGUGACAAACUAAAAUUAAAAGACAUUUGUCAGUUUUUUUCAGAAAACAAUAGGACAAAUCUCUUGUAACAACUGCAAUAAAUCAACAAACUGUC